AUGUUGAAUUUCAAGUUUGUUCUAGCAUUCAUUUUCUUCACCAAAAUAUCGUGUGAUUAUGUGAUUGAUCAUGUUUUCAAAAAGUAAAAAAUUUAUUGAAGUAUAUUAACAAAACCUGAAAAUUUACAGUAUGCUAAAUUCUACUGUCGACAGAUGUGAUAAUUUUUAUCGACAUGUUUGUGGAGUAAGUACAAGAUUUGGCAUGGAAAGGUUGUCGGAAAAAAUUAUCAAAAAUAACUUCAUAGUGUCUGAUGACGUUUCUGAAUACCUGGUUGGUUAUUUAUUAUUUCAAUACAAAUUGUUAAAGAACAUUUCAGAUGGAAUUGAUUAAAUGUAGUGGAACAAAUUAUACAAAAGGAACUGUGUCGAACAAGUUGAAAAACUUGUUGGAAGAUGCGUAAGUUGAUUCCACAAAAAUUAAUAUUUAUAAAAAUUUCCAUUUUCAGAAUUCAAAAUGGUGUAGAGGAGCAGUUUUUAAAAAAUAUGACAACAAUUCGAAAUGUUCGAAAUUUUACUGGUGACAACAAUCACUUUUUAUCUUUUCUGGAAAACUGGGAGUCUGAUUUAGUGAGUUUACAACAUUUCACUAAUAAAGAGAGCAGGACGAAGAAAAUGUGAUAUUCACGUAAUUCUGAAACAGAUGGAUAAUUCAGGAUGCAAAUUAUACGAUAGGUUGCAAAUAUGUCAUUGGAGCUAAUGAAGAACGGUUGUGGUUAUACAAAUACAAACAUGUUAACAAUGAAUUUCAAACAAUUUUUGAUGAAAUUAAAAUAAUUUUUAAUACUUGGAUUGAAGUUGGUUUAUUCAACAAAUUUUCCUUGGAACUAUAAUGAAAUUUUUUUUCAAGGAAACCCCUUCAUUCAAAAAAUAUAAUAUAAUUAAUAAAUAUCACGAAAUAAUGAAUACUAUGCGAUUCAACAAUAUGUCGAGUUCUGAACGUAUAUCCAAAUUGACUGUCGAAUAUAAAAACUGUCAAAAUUCGCUUGGAGAAUGGUUAGAUGAUCAAACUUUGGUGAAUAUUUUUUGUAUUCACAAUAACUAUCAGCGCUAUGAAAGCAAUUCAGAAUACCUUGAAACAGAUUAUAAUGGCUAUUAUAGUUUUUCUGAAAAUAAAGUCAUAAUUGGAUUCCCUUAUUAUGCAAUUGCAUCUAGAAUUACAUCAAAACCAUUUUUGGUGAGUUUUGAAAUUGGAAGCUUUUUGAAAUACAAUAAUUACAGAUUGGAUCACUAGGAUCCAUCAUCGGUCACGAAAUUUCUCAUGCUAUAAUCCGACCAUAUAAUUUUGCUUCACAGCGAACGAUAAACUGUAUACAAAAUCAGUUUUAUAAAACUUGCGAUUAUUUCAAUGUACCUUCGGUAUAUUCAUUGUUUUUAUACUUGAAAAAUUCACACAUAAUGAUUUUUAGGACAAUUGUAUUCAAUAUACCAAAAGAAUUGGCGAUAAUGGUUCAGACUUAUUAGGAUUUAGAGGGGUUAUUCAAUAUGCAAAAAAUCAUUUCGGGGCAAAAUUAAAUGAACAGAAUGAUGAAUAUACAGCCUACACUAAUCUUCAACUUGUAUUUAUGGGACAGGCAUCAAUUUUUUGCGUAUGUUUGUCAUAAAACAAAAUGGGAUGGGCUUAUAUUUAUUGUUCAGAAUUGGCGGAAAAGUAAUUUUGCACAUUCACCAGGUCCUAUCAGAUCAAAUGCAAUGGCUGCACAAAAUUCAGAAUUUUUAAGUGCAUUUGAAUGUGGUCCAGACUCGAAAAUGGCAAAGUCUUCACAUGUAAGCUUUUUCUGAAUUUCAAAGUAACACGGUAAUUGUUUUUUUCAGAAGAAAUGUUAUAUUCUUGGACCAGACGCCUCAUCGGAAUAA